AUGAAAAUGCCAAGAGCUGCAACCAUUCAUCGCCUAGCUUGGCUUCUAUCCAUUGUUAUUCUCCUUUUAAGCUCUGAAGCUACUGAUGUUUCAAUCUCAUGCCCCACAGUUUUUGGGGAGCUCGCACCUUGCACUACUUUUCUGCAGCAAAACAGCCCUAAGAUGCCUUCUCAGGCUUGUUGCAGUGGCGUCAAGAAACUGAGUGGCGAGGCUACAACUAAAAAAGAUCUAACAGCUAUAUGCCAGUGCCUCAAGCAAGGAUUGGCCACCAUUGGAAAGUAUGAUCCUAAUCGUAUACCCCAACUUACCAAAGAUUGUGGCGUUUCUCUUACAUUUCCUCCUAUUGACCAGAACACUGAUUGCACCAAGAGUAAGACUAUUCUUAGUUCUCUUUAA